GAACCAGCGCCCCCCCGCGGCCGCCGCCGGCGCUGCGCACCCGGCAGGCGCGGACAUGUGGCCCGGCGGCCGCUGAGCGGGGCCCCCCAGCCCGGCCCAGCCCAGCCCAGCCCAGCCCGGCCCGGCCCGGCCCGGCCCGCCCUCCCGCCGCUCCUCCCGCCCGGGCCGACCCCGCUCGGCCCCAGCGCGGCGGCGGGAGCCGCUUCCGGAAGUCCCGAGGAGGCGGGGGCAGAGGAGGCGCCGGGGAAGCGGAGCCCCCGCUCCGCGCAGGUGGCCGCCGAGCCGUGACCGAGCGGGGGACGCGGCGGCGCCAGAAUAUAUAUUGUAAGAAGAUGAAGAACAGAAAGCAAUGUAUUGAAGAUACUGAGGGUCAGAAUCAUGAAGGCGUGGAAGGUGAAGAAAAUGAAGAAAACUGUUCCUGUUCUGCUUUAUUAUUUGGUGGUGACAUGUGCCCCAUCUGCCUGAACUGCCUUAUGGAACAAGAGAUCGGUUUUCCUGAGAACUGCAGUCAUAUCUUCUGCAUGACUUGUAUUCUCAGAUGGGCUGAGACACAGGCUGUAUGUCCUAUUGAUCGCAGACCAUUUCAAGCAGUCUGUAGACUUGAUGAACUAGAAGAGCGGAUAAAAAUUCAGGUUAAAAAACAAAGGAGGAGGAAGGAAGAGGAGGAAAACUGUGCCUGCAAUAAGGGAAAAUACAGCCAUGCAAAGAUGAGAAGAUUUGUGAGAAGAGCUGUGUGUCCAGACAGAGGGCCAUUAGCAGCAAAAUUAAGCAAAGUUGUGAAGAAAAAAUACAGUAAUAUUUUCUGUGAGAAACGAAGUAAGAAAGCUUUGUAUGUGAAGGUAAACAAGCCCAGCAGACAGACCUGCUGGAAUGAGUGCCUCAGAACUACUUUCUUCAGCACGCUUCCGGCUGGUAGUAGCAACGAAGAAUCCUUUUUUAGCUGUAGAAAUGACUGUACAGAAUUCACAGAAGUCAAUGCAGCAAUCAGACAGAAGAGACAAGAACUGGAAUUGUCCUGUCCAUCUGUGCUUGCUAGAGUUGAAAGAAUACCUUUAAUGUCUCAUGGAGCUCAAGCUGAGACCUUUCUUCUCACUUCCACUACACUGACAGGGACAAUUCUUCCAAGUAUCAGGCCCUUGGAAAACUUUGAAUCUUUAGGCAAAGGUUAUGCUGUUGCGUGUACCCAAGAAGGAGAAGAGAAAAAGCAAGCUUCUGGUUCAUCUGGCACUAGGGGAACUAGAAGGAAAUUGGUCAGUACUACUCCUAGAAGAAGGUCUGCACGAAACAGCAAAAACGAGACUUUGGGUCAAUCUCGGAGCUCACCUCGGUCGAGCAGUUCUGCGUGUGGGUCCUCUGAUGGCAAUAACCCAUCCCUGAGUACAUCUCCUUCAGAAUCAGAGAAAGCUCCUCCAAAACGGAAAUCUAAAAGAAUAGUUAAACAGCCAACACCUGUGGUUAAAAAGAAACUGAGAAGUUCUACACGCUCAGAAAAGUCAUCCAGUGAUUCAGUGGAAGAUGAUGACGUUGCUGAGUCUGAAGCAGUUCUGACAUUAGAUAAAGACCAGCAGUCAGAUAAUGAAAGCAGUAACACAAGCUUUUCACAGAAAAAUAAUGCAGAAACAGAAUCUGCUAACGGAUUGGAAAGCUGUACUGAACAUGCAGAAAUUGAGGAGACUACAGGAGAAUGUGACAAAGGUGAAGAUACUUCAGGCAAUGCAGAUGUAAGUUUUUCUGCCCAAGAAUCUCCAGUACCAGCUUCAGUAGGUGAAUGUCAGGAAUUUGAAGUAAAAGGUGUUACUGAAAAAAAUGCAGAUCAUAAGAAUCGGGACCUCUGUGAAAAUACUGGUGAGCAAAUACAAACAGUAGCUAGUCCUAGAGAUGAAGUAUGUGACCAUGCAACUUUUGAAAAAGUAGAUCAGAGGUUGUGUAGUCCUCAAAAUGAAUUGAUGGAGAAUGUAGAAACUGUGACAAAAACAGAUCAACCCACAGCUAGUCCAAAAAAUGAAUUGUUGGAGUGUCCUGAAUCUUCGCAAAAAGAUGAGCCAUUAGAGAGCACCAGAAGUGAAUUGCCUCAGCAUCCAGAAGCCAUAGAAAUAGAUAAUUCUGAGGCUGAAGAAAAAACAAUAGUAGACUGUGCAAGUGCGGAUAUUCAAAACCUAAAAACUGUUCCAGAUGAAGAACCAGACACAUCAGUACACAGUGUUUCUAUGGACAGUACAUCAGAGCAAUCCUUGAAAGACAUUGCCAUGCCAGAAAGUGAAGAGGGUAGAACUUCAGAGUCACUCCAGCUAAAUGCUGAACAUAAACAUUUUGGUGAAGAUAAUAAUGAAAUGAUACCCAUGGAUUGUGACUCAUUUUGCAGUGACCAGAAUGAACCUCAGAUUGAGCAGUUACCACCAGUUGAAAGCACAGAGCAAGGAGAAGUGAACUUACAGUGUAAUGUGGAAAACUGUACAUCAGUUUUAGGACUUUCUGAUGAAAAAGAUGAAGCUAAUCCUGAAGAAAAGGAAUGCCAGUCAGAACUCAAAAAAGAAAAAAAGACUAGAACUAGAAGGUCUAGAUUUCACUCUCCAUCAACAACUUGGUCUCCUUCUAGGAGAGAGGGCAGGAAAUCUCAGUCACCAUCCCCUAAAAGGGAGGUGACCAGAGACAGGAGCUCCCGAUCACCCAAGAAGGAAACUGUCAGGGAGGGAAGGAGGUCCUCAUCUCGGUCUCCAAAGAGAGAGACACUCAAAGAUGAGAAAAAAACACCAUCUCGAUCUCCCAAAAGGGAAACGGUCAGGGAAAGCAGGAGAUCAUCUUCUCGGUCAAGAACUAAGGAUUCAUCUCCGAGGCAACAAUCCAGAUCUCGAAGCAGUGAUAGAGAUAGUCAAAGAAGAGAUCGUGACAGAGAAAGAAGAACUAGGAGGUGGUCUAGGUCACGGUCACGAUCUAGGUCAAGAUCACGAUCUAGGACAAGAAGUAAAGGUUCUUCAUUCUCUAGAAGUGAGCGGGACAGUCAUUCACCUAGAUGGAAAGAGAGAAGGUCAAGUGACAGCUGGAGGAGUCCCAGAGGAAAUGAUCGAUACAGAAGAAGUGAUCAAGAGAAACAGAAUGAAAGUCUUAACAAAGAGAAGGACAAUACAGAAAAAACCAAUGAUCAGUAUUCCUCAGACAAGCAGAGGAAUGAUUGUCCAGACUGGGUAAUGGAAAGAAUAAAUGCUGUUCCUGAAGUCAGGAACAGAGAGAGAGAGAAACCACAUUGGGAAGAUGCCAGGCAUGAUAAUUCAGGACACUCUUGGAAUAAAAACUUUGGUUCUGGUUGGAUUCCGAAUCGAGGGAGGGGUCAACGUGGCCGAGGUGGGCGUGGGAGAGGUGGUUUCAUGUAUGGAGACCAGAGUGAAAACCACUGGCAAAACAGAAAACCUGUCUCAGGGAAUGCAAAUGUUUCUGGGAAUGAAACGUCGAGGUUCCCGGAACAUCAGCCAUACAAGCGUAAGAAUGAACAAGAUUAUUCUUUUGAUACACCUGCUGACAGAUCUGGGUGGACAUCUGCUUCCAGCUGGGCUGUGAGAAAGACUUUGCCUGCUGAUGUGCAGAAUUAUUAUUCAAGAAGAGGACGCAAUUCAUCAAGUCCACAGUCUGGAUGGGGCAUGAGACAAGAGGAGGAGGCACCUGAACAAGAUCCAAACCUCAAAGACCAAGGCAACCAGCAAAGUGAUGGUUCUCAGUUACCAAUAAAUAUGAUGCAGCAGCAAAUGAAUGUAAUGCCACAAGUGAAUGCACAGCACCAACCUAUGAAUAUCUUUCCGUAUCCAGUGGGUGUUCCUCCUCCCAUGAUGAAUAUGCAACGAAAUCCUUUCAGCAUCCCCCCUCCAAUGCCCAUGCAUCUCCCUACUGGAGUGCCUCUCAUACAGGUAGCUGCUCCCACAAAUUUGUCUCAGGGAUUACCUCCGCCUCCACCUCCACCCCCACCAUCUCAACAAGUCAACUACAUUGCUUCACAGCAAGAUGGAAAACAAUUGCAGGGUAUUCCAAAUGCUACUCAUGUGAGUAAUAACAUGAGUGCUCCAGCCUUGCCUGCUCCAACAGCAGUCGUGGCAAGUGUGGGAACAGUUCAGGGACCAAGUUCGAGUAACGCAACGUCGUCAAGUCACAUCAAGAACUCUAAUGCAGCUGUAAAAUUGGGAGAAAACAAAGCAAGUGUAACAGUGGAAGCCAGUGCAGAUAGCUCGAAGAAGGACCAGAAAUUGUUAAUACAGGAAAAAGCAGCACAAGAAGUCAAACUAGCUAUUAAGCCUUUCUACCAAAAUAAAGACAUCACCAAGGAAGAGUAUAAAGAAAUUGUGCGGAAAGCUGUUGAUAAAGUUUGUCAUAGCAAGAGUGGAGAAGUUAAUUCUGCAAAAGUGGCAAAUCUAGUCAAAGCCUAUGUGGACAAGUACAAACAUUCACGGAAGAAGAAUCCUGAAGAGGCUGUCUCCUGUGAAAGGAAGUAGAACAUGUUUUCAGUUUUUAAUUUUAUUCUAUCUGCAAAGUGCAAUUUCAACAUGAACCGUUAACUGAAAAUUGUACAUGACAGUGGUUUUGAUAAAAUUAUUUUUCAAUGUAGUAUAUAAUGUUUUGUUCUAAAGAAAUAUAGAUCUACAGGGCGACUUCUUUAUUCCUUUUUAAAAACAGAUGUCUAAGAAAAAAUAAAGUUGUAAAGAAAAAUCAUUAGGGGUGUAUGAUUGUGUGGAUACUUAGAUGUACAGCAUUUUGACUUGAAUAACAGAGUGCAUUAAAUUAGAAACUUCUGAGUACUUGGUUUUGGAACAGGUAUGUACAGUACAUGUGAUGGGUCAGAUUAAAGUAAAAUUUUUCUUUUGAUUUCUCCCUAAUUAUAGCAAAGACAAAAUAGUGUAUUGCCUUGACAGUUAUUUCUAGUGUUAACUGGAAAGGCUGAAUGCAGGGGUCAUGAUGUGUAUAUAAAAAAAGCACGUGGAGUUGUCUGAACAGAAGAACUGUUUGGGUUUUAAAGAGAAAAAUCAUGAACAGUAAAAUGCAGUGCCCAAAACUGUGGGUGCUGCACAUCUGUUGUAACACCAAAUAAAAAUUACGCUGCUUGGUUUCCUUUGUGAUGUUUUUCAAUUUGUUUCAAGGUAGUGGGAUGAGCUUGAAUAAUUCUUAUGUGCUGAAAGGACCUCAGUUGCCAUGCACUGACAACCUCAGUUCAUGUCUAACCCUGCUCUUAGCUAGUAGGAGGUGAGCAUGCUAGAGCUGGAUGUUCAGAAACAGAAACCAUUUUCUUCUUCAAGUAAAGCCAAGAAAGCUGGAAUUUGUGACUAGGCUCCCAGUUAUCCGAGACAGGCCCCUGUGCCAAAAUUAGCUGUGUACUACUUCUGUUCACUACUGAGAACUGCAGCAUGGAGUACCAGACUGGUAUCAUUGAAUGUGCCCACUCUGAAGUCAGGUGCACCAGCUGUUCUGUUUCCCUGAACACUUGAAUGGAGAGAAGUUCAGAGAGGUACCACAAACAUUUUAAAAGCAGGUGUGGUGCCAGGGAAAUGCUUACACCUAAGGUAACACCAGUUUUACUGAGGUAGCAGCAGGGAGGGUUGCUGAAACAGAGCACUGUGUGUACACCUUAUGGAUAGAACACCUUGGAAUCCUUCUGGAUUGGAGAAGCAGAUUUACUCUUGAGACAGAGAUACUUGUUCCCUUAAUCUCAGAAAGGGUUAUUAAAAUUUCAGCACUCCUCCUCCAGUCCUGCUGUGGAGUAGCAGCAUUUGGCUUCUGCUCCACCCCAAGGAGCUGGGCCCACAAGGCUGAAUAAACCAUUCUGCCAGAGAGCAUCAGUUGGGCUUUCUGAGAAAUUAAUCUAUCUCUUCAUAGCCAGUGGUAGUGGUUCCCAAAUGAACUUUUCUUGGCAGAAACCUGUCUUACCCAGUUAAGUGACUUGCAGAAGCCUGAGAAUAGGGGAUAUACACUCCUGUACACACAUGAUAAUAUGAGAGAUAUAUCUGUGUAAAAAAUGUGAUGUUUGUCACAACAGUUGAUCACUUGGUUUUAAGUAUAACUUUCUGCAGACUUAAUGAAGCAGUUGACUGUAUUUAUUUUUCUGUGCCUAAAUAAAAAUGCUAUGUAAAUUAGAAACAGGUAACACAUUUUCUACAGACAAGCCAGGUUUUAGAUUUUUCAAAAUACUCAGUUUUACACUGUAGUACCAAUUUGUGUGAUCUCUUGAACUAUUUUAAGCUAUAAUUGAUGAGCACUUUCAAAAAAUGUUGUAGCAAAUUGCUAUGUCUGUCCUGGUCUAUCAUGCCAUGCAUACUUGUUUUUAUUACAUUCUUCUCUGGAUUUUUGGAUUUUAAUGACUUUUUAUAUCUUUUUAUCUAUACAGUUGAGCCUUACUAUAAAACCCCUUUCAGGAGCCAGAGAAAUCUUUUGUGGUUUGUUAGGGGUUUUUUUCCCUUCUCAGAGGAGAGGUGGAAAUUGGGUGGGAAGGACCAAUGGAGGAUUUAAACUGGGAGAGGGGAGGGGACCACUAAUGGCUUGUUUUGCAGCUCCUGGCUGGAAGAGAAGCUGUCACUGGCUGCCACAUUGUUGGGACAGUGACUAUAGUGAUGCUCCACUGUAUUUCAAAACACAAUGAAGAAUAUUGGAUAGAAUAGCAUAUGAUCAGUAACUUUAUUUUUUACAAUUAAAUCCUUCAGUACGUAUCAGAAAAUAUGCAGUUUGUUGCCAUUUCUAUGUUGAAUUAAAAACAAAACAAAACAAAACAAAAAAA